AUGUGCUACUCAGCAACAAAUCAUCUAUAUCUAAGAACAAAAUGUGGGUCUGACAUCGUUACCGUUCAAACUAAAGCCUACUCUGGCCAAAAACCCGGUACAUCCGGUCUUCGAAAGAAGGUCAAGGUGUUCCAACAAGAACACUACACUGAGAACUUCAUUCAAGCUACUUUGAGUGCUAUCCCUGGAGGUCCAGAGGGUAAGACCCUUGUAGUCGGUGGUGACGGUCGAUACUUUUCUCCUGAAGCCGUUCAAAUCAUUCUUCGAAUCGGAGCUGCCAACGGUGUCAAACACAUCAUCCUCGGUCAAGACGCCAUUCUUUCCACUCCAGCCGUAUCAGCUCUCAUUCGAUCAUUAAAGACUGAUGGUGGUAUCCUCUUGACUGCCUCUCACAACCCCGGUGGUCCAGAAAACGACUUCGGUAUCAAAUUCAACAUCUCAAACGGUGGUCCAGCUCCAGAAGAGGUCACUAAUGCCAUUCACAAGAUCACUGAAACCAUCAAAGAAUACAAGCAAAUCAAUCUCCCCGAUCUUGAUCUCUCCAAGACUGGUGAAUUCACUCACGGCCCUAUCAAAGUCACCAUUGUAGACCCUGUGACCAACUACAUCAAACUCCUCAAAGAUAUCUUCGACUUUGACCUCAUCAAGAACUGGUUACACACCACCUCCCCUAAACCUACUGUCCUCUUCGACGCUCUUAACGGUGUCACAGGUCCUUAUGGACGAGCGAUCUUUAUCGAUGAACUAGGUCUUGAUGAAUCCUCAAUUCAAAACUGUGUACCCAAACCAGAUUUCGGUGGAUCUCACCCUGAUCCUAAUUUGACUUAUGCUCAUGAGCUCGUCGAAAGAGUUGAAAAGGAGAACAUCGAAUUUGGUGCUGCUUCAGAUGGUGAUGGUGAUAGGAAUAUGAUCUACGGAAAAGGAGCUUUCGUAACUCCUUCAGAUUCAGUAGCUAUCAUUGCUGAUUGGGCCGAAAAAGCUAUCCCAUACUUCAAAUCAGGUGUUAAGGGUUUAGCUAGAUCAAUGCCUACUUCAGGUGCGAUUGAUAUCGUUGCUAAAGACAAAGGACUUGAAGUCUUCGAGGUUCCCACUGGAUGGAAAUUCUUCGGUAACCUCAUGGACGCUGGUCGACUCUCUAUCUGUGGUGAAGAGUCUUUCGGUACUGGUUCUGACCAUAUUAGAGAAAAGGAUGGUGUCUGGGCUAUUGUUGCUUGGCUCUCUAUUCUUGCCGCUGCCAACAAGGAGAAACCUGGAUCCAACAUCAAUGAUGUCAUGAUGCAACACUGGAAGAAAUACGGACGAAGUUUCUUCUCCAGAUACGACUACGAAGAAUGUGAAUCUGAAGGAGCUGAAGCAAUGAUGGACCACUUGAGGAAAUUAUUCGCUUCAUCAGAUUUCGUUGGACAAGCCCUCAAAGCCACCACAUCUGAGACUUCAUUCAAAGUCAAAGAAGCAGAUGAUUUCUCCUACACUGACCCUAUCGAUGGAUCAGUAUCCAAGAAACAAGGAUUAUACAUCAAGUUCGAGGAUGGCUCAAGAAUUAUUUUCAGAUUAUCAGGUACUGGUUCAUCAGGAGCGACAGUUCGAUUAUACGUUGAGAAAUAUUCAAAGAAUGAAAGUGAAUACGGAUUAGACGCUCAAGAAGGUCUUAAACCUUUGAUUGAGGUAGCUUUGGCAACUUCCAAAUUGAAGGAAUUCACAAAGAGAGAGAAACCCGAUGUCAUCACAUAA